AUGAGUGAAACUUUGCUGGCGUGCACCGUCUGUGGAGAGUCUAACGCGUUCCCCGACACCAGCAGCAAUGCACCGCAGAAGGCGACCAUGACGACGUUUUGCAAAACGUGCGGGGGUAUCACCCUUCAGCGAGUGGUUGUCGCAAACAAGCAGGGAGAGCGUUCCAGCGAGAGUGUGGGUGCGUCGGUGGCGCCAGGGCAGAGCGAUGCCUCUCCUUACCAUCAAGCCUCUGGACCAGAAACAAGCGAACUGCUCUGGAGGCGGCUGCAGGACGCUUUAGCCAACAAUGGCGUCACAAUGGCAGAAUUUUUCCGCGUCGGUAUUUCCAUGCAAACACGUCUCAUCUCCGCGGUGGGAUUUAACCAUGCUGAGAUACCGCGCCUUUUGAAGCUUACGGAGGCUCACACCCCAAGCAGGACAACUGGCACGACGAUUGAGCCGACGCGAAAGUACAUCGACAUGACAACCGCAGCAGCAACUGCAAUAACACCAAGGAGAGAAACAGUGACAGACGAACACAUUAACAACCCCGAGGUUAUUACGGAGGUGGUAAAUGGAGCGUCGGCGGAAACUCUUCGAAAUUUUUCGCAAACUGAAGGGGCAUUUGUGCAAACUCCACUUCAUUCAUCAUCGAUGGAUGCUUUGAUGCUGGGCCCCAAGGCUCAAGAAGAUGACACGCUUAUUGCCCGUUGCUCUGUAUAUCCUCACUUGAACGCUGAAUUCUGGUGCUCCAUUUGUGGUGUGUUGGUUUCGAGUCGUUGCCAUGUGUCUGGAAUUCACAAGGAUCACCCUUUUAUUACCCUACGACAGGCUGCAGAUGCGCAUGUGCGAGAUCUCAGCAUGUGGUCAGAGCGUUGUCGAAGCCAGUUGAAUGUUGCCAAUACCAUUGUUUCCAAUUUGCAACGUGGGAAGGGCAUUCUAAAUGACUCGGCUAAGCGUGAGGACGCAGCAUUAGAUAUGCACUUUGAAGAGAUUGUUCGAGAUCUCACCAAGUGGUGCCAAGGACUCAAAUCGAGUAUGCAAAUGCAGAUCAAUGCCCAGUUAAACAUUAUUGACUUGACGGUAAGAAGAACAAAUGAACUUAUAGAAUACUAUGCGGAGCGACUAAAAACAUGUGAUACCUUAUUACGUUCUAUCCCACUCAUGCAGCAGGUGGAUGGGCGGUCAGAGAAGUGGUCCCUGCGUGUGAUGGAUCUCGUAAGUCGUCUCAAGAUGUCAAGCCACGAACCAAUUCCUAUGCCACGAGUUACAGUGCCCGAGGUAAAAUCUUUUGCAACCAUGACAACCUACAUGGAACUAUUGAAAGCAGUAAGCGUUCCUGCGGGUAUUAGGGUUCCAGAUGUUUUGGAUACAGGGUAUCUUAACUUCCCCAACCCGUCUGAUGUGGGACGCGAGGCAUUUACACUUCAGGUUCCCAAGGAUGCUAAAGCGCACGGUCUUCUUAUCUACGGUGGCCGUACACUGACAAGGUUGCAGGACGUUACACCCACCCACUCUCUUGUUUGUGCUUCGCGAACACUUUAUGCAGGUGUUACAGCAUGGGAAGUUCACGUUGACAGCCUUGGAGCUGGUCCAGGUCGUAUUCUUGCGGGAGUGCUUAUGGCGGGAACGGACGGUGAAGGCGUUGUGUGGGAUGGUCAACGCAUUGUUGGCCCUAACGAGGGAGAGUGUCGUGUGCUUCCGGAAAAAUAUAGACUUAAGAGGGGCACAACGCUUCGAUUUAUUCUUGAGCUUGAGGCACCCUCGUAUUUUCUUAUUUGUUACUUUGAGGAUCAGCUUGUGGCUCGCGUCCCGCUGCCACCGGUGCUUAAUGGUUGGAUUCCUGCCUUCAGUGUUUUUGGGCCGCAGGAUCAAGUGACCGUAGUGCCGCUUUCAUCCUCGGAUGCAGAGCGUCUGCUGGCGGAUGCCAAUCCAGAGGAGAAGCAAAACAAGGAGGAUGAGAUACAGGUGCAUCUCAGUGAGCAAGAACGGAAACUAAAUGCCUUGCAUCAACAGUUGCUUGCUGUGAACUCGCGAAUUGAUCAGGACCAGUAUGAGAGGUUCCUUCAUGCUUCUCAGCUACGGCAGGAGAUAAAAAGGGGUGCGUUUAACGGCAACGGUGAUGCCGAUCUAUCGUCAUUGUCGUCACCUCCUCCUCGGCAGAUGCCGCCGCAGUCACCUGGCAAUAGGGAUCAGCCCGCGAAGAGUAAACCGACAUUAGAGGCUGUACAUGAUUGUACACAUGCUGCCGCUGCCACGGCUGAAGUGAGAUUCCCGUCGCCCUUGUUGACGUUGACCGUGGAAUCUGGGCAGCGUGAGCAGCAAAACACACGAACUGCGAGCUAUAGUCCGGAACUCCAGAAUCUCCUCAAUUUCGUGGAGUCCAUCAAGUAG